AACGAUAUUACGUGUAUAUGAGUUUAUUUUCCUCUUUUUUCGCCGACAUUGUGUUUUUGCGCGCGUACGAGUGUAUUUCAAUAUGCACUUCUAUUUCCUUCUUUCUUCUCCAGGACGGCUGGAAACGAACGGUGAAGUGUACAAGGAGCCGAAAAUUUCAUUUACUUUUUCUUUUUUUACUAUACUGUACUUCAUGGUCCUAUAUGGUAGAGAAAGACGACCAGACGCUGCCAAACCUAACAAGUUAUCAGAAGAGUGCUUACCAACGACAAACCCAUUGGGUUUAAACUUCUGGCUGGCCACGUCUUAGGGUCAUCACUACCCCACUAAGGAAGGGGUGACCUGUAGCGUUAAAUAAAUCCCCAAAAUAAAUAGCUCUUUUUAGUGGACUCAUCAAGCUGAAGGCGCUCGGCCAUGCAUCCCCACCAGAUCACGUGUGAGAACGCCAUGCUCAGCAUCUACUGCAUUCGCUAGCCAGACUAGAUCAGACAAUUCCGAUAUACUGGAAAUCGCCAAAUACAACUUCUGAUCUCCUCGAUUCUGUCUUUUGAUUUCUCUUGUUGGGUACGAGUUAUAUUAGGUGUUACUGGUAAAAGCGUUGUCAAACACUGAAUACCUCUGCCAUCUUUAUUCGUGAGCCCAACGUGGUCUGGUACACCAAAUCGUAAAUUGGCCAGUGGAAUGUCAUUAAGCCUUAGCCAAGUCAUCCGGCUGUUGGGUAACUGAAUAUCGAACAGACCAUCAAUCCCUGCCAAGGUCAAGGGCAACCAAUGCGCAUCAGUUAAUCAUAUGCCAUGGACUGGCCCAUGCAGCGGUAGUCCUACCACCUUCUGUGUACUCAUUCUUACUCAUACUUCCGUAGUAACUUUCUUUGUAUUAUACGGUCUUCAAAGCGGCUAUCGUACUUUAAUAGGUCGAAGGAGCAACCCACGUUAGAUGCUGACUGCGAGGUGUGAUUUCGAAGUCACCUGGUUCGUCACACCAUUCCCGUCUAAGUUCAGUAACCCCUCUGAUCAUUCGACGUAGAUCAUCAACAUUGAUGACCUACACUGUAAUACUCUAGUUUUCGCACACUAUCUUCAUUACCAAUUAACUAACACGUUUACUGCCUGUUUCUUGAAGACCUGGUUAGUUCCUAGCAUCCGAAUUUCCGAGUCAUUAUUUUUCACAUUACAACCAAACAACCCCUGCCUGAUAACGUGAAAGGUGCUGUUAUCUAGAAACCCUACUGUUCCGAGACAAACGCAUUCACUCAAACUACAAGAUCUGUAAACCCACAAAUAACUAAUAAACUGACUAGGAUUAGUGCAAUCGAGUAACCAGACUACCGCCUAUUAAAAGUUAUUAAAAACUUGGAAGCGUAUAUAAUCAACAAGAAGUGAGUUCAAAGACACCAGUCGGUAUGCACAACUUCGUCUCCAAGAUAUUGGAUACUGGAAGGCAGUUCGGGGUUCUUUCAAAUCUCAAGGACGGCAUGCAAACUUUUUGAUAAAUUUAAGUCAUCUUUUUAUCAACUGCUUUUCAUAUGGACACAGAAAAACUUCCCGAGAGGUUCUUCAGGAAGAAGGCAGAGGUCUUCAACCGAAAGGUUAAAUAUGCUAAACAAAGUGUCACUCAGGUAGCGGCACUACACAAUGUAUUGCCUGGCUAUCUUGAGAAGGAAGAUGAAAAUGAGAUAAUCACUCAAGAUGCUAUGUUGAAAGAAGUUGAUAUUGGUUCCGCAACUAAGGUAAAAUACUAUAAGCUUUAGGUGAAUAUGGAAACUAGCGUUUUGAUGUUAAACUACAGUAUGGACCGUAUGCGAUUGAUUAUUCACGAAACGGCAGAUUUUUAGCCCUGUGUGGUAAAUCAGGUCACAUAGCGGCAUUCGACUGGAUGGUGAAGAAGCUCCUUUUGAGAUCACUGUCUCUAACGAAUGCAAGGAUGUUAAGUUUCUUCACCAAGAAACGUUCGUUGCCGUUGCAGAGAAAAGAUAUGUUUCCAUAUAUGACAAUCAAGGCUUAGAAGUACAUUGCUUGAAAAAACUGAGUGGGAUAUUACGAAUGGAAUUUCUCCCGUAUCAUUUCCUUCUGGUGUCUUCCGCUGACAAUGGAUUUCUUUAUUACCUAGACUGUUCUAUUGGUACGAUUGUCGCUUCAAUACCUACAUAUAUGGGGCGCCUUGGUGUUAUGUGUCAAAACCCUUCUAACGGAGUUAUUUGCACAGGACACAACGAUGGUGUUGUAUCUAUGUGGGUACCUUCAGAGAAGUCAUACGUUAUCAAAAUGUUCGCCCACCCAACUGCCAUUACUUCGAUUGCUUGCGACCAAACUGGAAGCUACUUGGCAACCUGUGGAGUUGACCGAAAACUAAAGAUUUGGGACUUGAGGUCCACUUAUGAUCCUCUUUCCGAAAUCUUGCUGCCUAUGUCUGCUUCAACAAUUAAUUUCAGUCAGAAAGGUUUAUUAGCAUUGGGUGCUGCUAAUACCGUACAGAUUUUACGUGACCCCCAUUCCAUUCCACCGUCCAAUGCAUCAAAAAUCUUUGAAACCAUUUCACCUAAUGUUAACCGACGAGUAAUUUCGAAUGCUUAUCUUUCUCACUAUGCAGUUCAUCCAGUUUAUCGUGUACGCUUUUGUCCUUAUGAAGACGUUUUAGGAGUAGGUAGUUCCGCUGGGAUUUCAUCCAUUCUUUGUCCUGGGAGUGCCGAACCUAAUUAUGAUGGUUUAGAAGAAAAUCCUUUUGCCAAUAAACGUUAUAGGCAAGAAAGAGAAGUUAAACGACUUUUGGAUAAGAUUCCAUAUACAAUGAUUUCAUUAAAAUCAAUCGUUGGUGAAGUUCGUCGUGAAGACCUUUUAGAAGAAUGGGAAAAGAAGAAAGCUGUAUUACUUGGACAAGUUCCCAAAGUCGAUACACCUGCUAUUAAACGAAAUAAACAAAAAGGUAGAUCAAAACCUGGCCGAAUCGAGGCAAAAAAGCAAAAUAUACACUUUGAACGUAAAAUGUUUACUAUCAAAGAAGUUUUAGGUGUACGGGAAGCGGAAGAGAAGUUACGACGAAAAGUUUCUUACAAAAAAAUCAAUGAUAUAAGCACAUUACCGAGACCUAGUGAAGCUUUAGUAACAAAAAAGAAAUUAUCGAAAAGACGCACAAACACUGCUCUUGAUGUGCUGAUUCCACCAAAAGAAUUUUAAUUUUUAAAUCUUAAUUUCUUUAUCGUUCUCUAACUAACUGUUUGUCUUCAAGUUCUUUUCUUUAAUUUCCCAC